UCACGGACUAACAGCCUGCCGUCUAUGACAAAAAGUAAUAAAACCCUACUUCCUUUUCUGUCUCUAAAACUCAUCAGAUAAUACAGAGAUCUGUUUCUCUCUCUAGCAUCUAUCCUCAACACCCCAAGUACCACGCAAAACACACACUCCAUAGAAAAUGAAGAUGAGAAACAAGGGGAAAGUACAUCCCUCUCCAUCAUCAUCACCUUCACCCUCUUUCUCUGUGAUUCACAGAGACGCUUCGUCUGUAUUGAAGCUCCUACCCACUGCCAUUCUCGCACUAGCCUCUGUUCUUUCAAUCGAAGACCAAGAAGUCUUGACAUACAUGAUAACUAGGUCGAUGAAAUCGGAAAACCCAUAUUCGAUGAUCGAAGAAAAGAGAAAGAAAUCCAAUACCCACAAGCCUCCGGUGUUCGAUUGUGGAUGUUUCAACUGCUAUACGAGCUAUUGGUUCAGAUGGGACUCUUCGCCCAAUCGUGAACUCAUCCACCAAGCUAUCGAAGCAUUUGAAGAACACUUGGCCAAUGGCGAGCAGUCGAAGAAGAGCAGCAACAACAGGGCUAACAGAAAGAGAGACAAAAUGGGUCGCCGUAAACCGGCCGAUGUACCGGAGAAAGUACCCGAUGUGCCGGAGAUUGAGGACAGUUUCGUUGUGGUUUCAGUGGAAGAUGUUAAUCCUGUGGUGGUGUUACCAUUACUAGUAGUCGAUGAAAAGCCUGAGAAAGAGGAGCAGGAGGAGGCGGUAGAAGAUGAGGCGGUGGUUUUUCACAGUCCAGCGGCGAACAACGACAAGGGUUUGGCGAGGAAGGUACUGCCGGACGUGUUGGGGUUAUUCAAUUCGCGUUUGUGGAAUCUUUGGAGUCCGAAAGCGUAGUGGAAGCGAAAGUUAAUUUCUUUUUUAAUUUUCUAGGGGAGGAAAAUAGGUAAGUUUAGUGCUGGUAUUUUAUAAUUUUUGUACUAGAAGAUAUAUAAAUCUAUAUAUCUUUUCCACUGCAUUUCUUUACUGAAGUUUUUCCGGGAAACCAUUUUCUCGAUGUAAUGUCUGCUGAAGUUUUUCCAGGAAAACAUUUAUUUAUUUAUUUAU